ACUCGGGCGCCGAGGCCCCGCCUCCUCUCCGGGUCCUUUGAUCACGCGCCGGAGGGCUCUUCCGGGGCCAGAGCCAACCCUCGGUGUUGCUGUCAGAGCGCUCGGCGGGAGGGAGCCCAGGGGAGGCGCCCUCCCGAGGCCACCAUUGCCCAUGCAGACCACCCAGCCACCUGGCUACUGAUGUCAUGAGUAACACGACAGUGCCCAAUGCCCCCCAGGCCAACAGCGACUCCAUGGUUGGCUAUGUGUUGGUGCCUUUCUUCCUCAUCACCCUGGUCGGGGUGGUGGUGGCUGUGGUAAUGUACGUGCAGAAGAAAAAGCGGGUGGACCAGCUUCGCCAUCACCUGCUACCCAUGUACAGCUAUGACCCUGCAGAAGAGCUCCACGAGGCGGAGCAGGAGCUGCUGUCUGAUGUGGGCGACCCCAAGGUGGUACAUGGUUGGCAGAGCAGCUACCAGCACAAGCGAAUGCCCCUGCUGGACAUCAAGACAUGACGGUUCAUGCCCCUCUUACUUGCUAUCCACAGCUGGCCCUAAGCCAAGCCUGUUUUCCUUGUGGAGUGGGUGACAGCCUUGCUUUCUCUAGCCUGCUUGGACCUUGCUGUGGCAUAAUCCAAGAGGCCUCUGGAGUUGUUCCCAUGGUGACAGGCCCAGAUGUAUAGUAACCGGUGUAUAUAUUUUGUAAAUAAACUUUGAUGGCUUCA